GCACACCCGAUUCUGCAUAUAUACCAGGGAUGCAGAUUAGCCCCUUUCAUCGACAGGAUCAUACAGCAACCAUGAUUUCUCUGGUCUUCGUUCUGCUCAUUGGAGCCGCUUUCGCCACGGAGGACGACAAGAUUGUCGGAGGGUAUGAGUGCAAGGCCAACUCCCAGCCCCACCAGGUGUCUCUGAACUCUGGGUACCACUUCUGUGGUGGCUCCCUGGUCAAUGAGAACUGGGUUGUGUCUGCUGCUCACUGCUACAAGUCCCGUGUGGAGGUGCGUCUGGGCGAGCACAACAUCAAGGUGACUGAGGGUAGCGAGCAGUUCAUCUCUUCAUCCCGCGUGAUCCGUCACCCCAACUACAGCUCCUACAACAUCGACAAUGACAUCAUGCUGAUCAAGCUGAGCAAGCCCGCCACCCUCAACACCUACGUGCAGCCUGUUGCUCUGCCCAGCAGCUGUGCCCCCGCUGGCACCAUGUGUACCGUCUCUGGAUGGGGCAACACCAUGAGCUCCACYGCYGAYRGCAACAAGCUGCAGUGUCUGAACAUCCCCAUCCUGUCCUACAGCGACUGUAACAACUCCUACCCUGGCCAGAUCACCAACGCCAUGUUCUGCGCUGGAUACCUGGAGGGAGGCAAGGACUCUUGCCAGGGUGACUCUGGUGGCCCUGUGGUGUGCAACGGUGAGCUCCAGGGUGUUGUGUCUUGGGGUUAUGGCUGUGCCGAGCCCGGUAACCCUGGUGUCUAUGCCAAGGUGUGCAUCUUCAAUAACUGGCUGACCAGCACCAUGGCCACCUACUAAGUCUGAUCCUAGCUUCGGUCCUCCAGCAUGGUCCCAGAACUCUACAACAUCCUGUGCAGUUCAACAUCUACCUUUUAUACUGGAGAUAAAAUACUAAUGACAAAUAAAACAUUUAACAUCA